CGCGAUAGCUCUAAAUAGCGUUUCCUUGAACGCACCCAAUUUUAAUCCAUAGUGUGAUAAUGAUUUACAAUUCCAAUUCAGACUCGCUGUGAUUUCAUUGGUCGAUUUCCAACCCCAAUUCGCAAUCCCAAUCUCUAAUCUAUAGUCUGAUAUGGGUUUUAUAUUACCUGCAAGGCUACAAAAAAGUUCUUGGAACCAGUAUCGAGAGAGAGAGAGAGAGAAAGAGAAUCGUGAAUGCUAUCUAAUGCAGGCAGUUCAGUUAAAAAGAAUAAACCUAUACCUGUAGUCAUCGAGUUGCUCUCAGGUAUCGCAAGUGUGAUUCGACGACAAGUUUAGAGAGUGUAACUGCCAGAUUGUGAAACGAAAAUGAGCAAGGCACAGGAAAAAUUCCUUUUAAAUGAUGAAGUUAAUCUCUUUAAUCCCACUAUAUUAGAGAGAUUGUCAUUACCACCCACUGAUGGAUUAUUUAUAAGACCAUUAAGAAGUACAGAUUACGAGAAAGGUUUCUUGGUUCUUUUGUCUCAAUUGACUGAUGUUGGAAAUGUUACCAAGGAACAAUUUUUGAAUAAAUUUUACAGCAUGAAGACUGCAGGUGGUUAUUUCAUUGUUGUUAUUGAAGAUAUAUAUACUGAAAAAGUAAUUGCCUGUGCAACAUUAGUUGUAGAACAGAAGUUUAUCCAUAACUGUGGUGUGCGAGGUCGUUUGGAAGAUGUAGUAGUCAACAACAGUUACAGAGGCAAGUCAUUAGGCAAACUAGUGGUGACAAUCAUAAUGCAGUUGUCACAUCAUUUCCACUGUUACAAGUUAUCUUUGGACUGCACGGAUCGUUUAGUACCGUUCUAUGAAAAUAUAGGUUUUAAACGGGAACCUAACAAUGCGAACCAUCUCAAUAUGCGAUUCCCAAAUGAUAACGUUAAUGAACAGUCUCACUUAUAGCAAUAGACCGACCAUUUUAUCGAGGCCUUAUCUACUAUAACGAUCAAUUAAAAUUCUUAUUCAUUUAAGCAUAUAUUUCUGGAAAUUUGACAAUUUGUAUUUUUUAUGGAGAAAAUAUCUCAUUAGCAAAAAUUAAAAAAAAAUCUAUGCCCUAUUCGUAAGAUAUUAUCUAUAAUAUUGUUGCUUGUAUAUUGGUACGCGGUUAAUAGGCUGAUUAAAUAUUUUAUAUUAUUUAACUUACCAUUUGUCCUAAGAAGGUUCUAUACAUGUAAAUAAAAUAAUGUUUUAUAUCAUAGACUGUAUAGGAUGUAAAAACAUAGUAAUUUGUUAAAUAAAAUAAUUAAAUUUUUCUUAA